UCUACUAUGGCAAGAAAAUGUCGAUAAUAUAGUUGAAGAUUGGACGUGCCUCAACGUAACAAGUUUUUAUCUUACAAUAGGAAAACAAACGUGUUUGAAAGAAGUGCUGGGUUUUAUACAUAAAGAUCUUCGAGAGAUUGCGAAUUCUGAUUCUGGAUUUGACGCGACAAGGAAAAAAAAAGCUCAAGAAAUACUGUUUAACUGGAAAAACUGGACUACAUCAGUAAAGAACUUCAAAAAAGAUUGUGCACGAAUCAAAGUCGAUCUUAUGAAGGUAAAACAGAUAAACCAAUUUUCAACCGGAGAUGGAGCAACAUACAACGACAAUCGUCAGGGGAAACAUCGUCGAGAUGUGGAUGAAGAAGAAGAAAAGAUGGGCACCGAAAGAGCUACAAUUCCGGCAAAAAAGUGCAAAACUAAAUCUGAAAAAAGAACGAGAAGUGGGAGAGUAGUUGUACCGGACUAUCGUGGAUUACUUACAGGUACGGAUGUCGGAACUUCCUCCAAAAAAACUACAUACACAGAUGAAAACCCCUCUCAAGAAAACGAAGAGACCGAGGAUUCUUUUGAAAAUCGCUUCCAAGGAAAUCAUGAGAAGAGAUCUAUUCAAGAUGAUAUUGUAACAGAUAUAUUAGCAAAUACUGAACUCUCAAACGUAUCAAAAGAAAUUUUUACGAUUUAUAAAGCGCAAUACCCUGAUGGCGAUCUAAUUGAUCUCCGACUGAACUCGCCCUUUUUAAAAAAACUUUCAAGACAAAUAGCAACGUCGUAUCUAACGGAAAUGGAUACCAUGACAGAGACGUUGGUCCCCGCAAAUGUUCACGAAUUUCUUGUAAAUUUUUUUUCACAAAACUUAACAACCGAGAAGUGGAAUUGCCAAAUCGAUGAUUUAAAAGCACCAGAAAAAGAUGAUUUUAUAAUGAACGCAAUGGUACGAAUUUUACGCCGUACAUUGCCACAAUUUAUUAAGGCAUUUUCACUCGAAGAACAGAACCCACUGUUAAAUAUCGCCACAAUAGAACAUGCGCAUCUUAAUUCUUUCGUUCACCCAUGUCUUGACGCUUCUUUAUGGUACAUUGCAGGUAUACACUAUGAAUUCGGCGAGAUAACGUCGAAAAAUCACACUAAUGGUAAUCGAGCUGAUGGAGUCGGGUACAUGACAGAUGCCGACAAGUAUCAGCUCAUUUAUGUUGAAGGAUCGAGACCAGUAACAAAAGAUAAAAAGGAAACCGAUGACGUCAAAAAAAUAACAGAUAAUUUAAAGAAUAUAUUCGCGAAUAUCGUAAAAGAAACAAUUAAAAGCAGGCAACGUUUACCAAAGAAGUUGUAUGUAUUCGGUGGCCAGAGUUUUCGUCUUCGGAUAUAUUUAUAUUUUCUUGAUCAUUGUGGAACGUAUAGAUUAAACGAGAUUGAUAAUGCCAAUCUUCCUCGGAAAUUUUCUGAGAUGAAAUAUUUCGUUUAUUUCUAUGAAAGUGUAUUAAAAUGGGCGCUAUUGGUUCGUGAUGUUACAGCAUCCUUUGAUGAUGCAAGAGCUGAACAAAGACCUUCGCGACUUUC